UUCACAAGAUGCUCAUGAUCUUGCGUCGAAUCAGGGCUUUGAAAGUCUGGAAAAUGAGCCGAAUGAUUUGUUAUUAGAGAUGGACCAUCAAAUAGUUGAUUUGGAUAAUAAUAAAUCACGUAAAGACACCUUGCAAUUAUACAUUGGUCAUUCGUUUAAUAAAUGGGAGGAAGUGGAUAAAUUCUUGGAAUUAUUUGGAAAGUGUAAAAGGUUUUCUUUUAGAAAAAACAGGAAUGAAUUUCACUCAAACUAUUUAAGCAUCUGUCGUCGUAGUUAUGAAUACUCAUAUUCACGUGCGUAUAAGGCUAAAAAAGUAGUUGAUAUAACUAAACAGCAUGAAAAGCCCUCAGCAACAAUAAAUUGUGAAUGGCAUGUUAAUUUUAAUAAUUUUGCUCAAACAGCGCCAUGUUUUCGUAAAUUGUCAGAAGAGAUGAUUGAGGAUAUAAGGUUUUAUACAUGUUCUAUGGAGG